AUGUCUUCAAAGAAUUACUGUUACCACGCUGGGGACACUUCUGCACGUUCUGGAGAACCCUCGAAGCUGCAAACCACUACCUAUCAAAGUUGGAUUCAAUAUUCAAGUGCAACGACAGGCAACUUCAUUACAUGCUCCGUGCCGGACUUUGUCAAGUGUGGUAGAGCAAGGAAUUUAAGUCGAUACUUUUAUAAAGGACAUAUGGAUUCGAAUGAGGCACUGCAAUCAUAUAAGCAACCAAGCGUCAGCAGUGGCAGACAGUCGGACAUGUAUAAAACAACCCAAUCAAACGUUGUUGAGUGGUCUUCCCACCAUUUGGAGUCUCGCGUACGACCACAAUCAGAAGAACAGCCAACCUGCUCUCAGCGGCAACCGAAUGAAAGUGUUCACGGACCACUGGAGGAAAUUGAGGAAGAGCGGCAGCGAAAGAAAGCUGAACAAAUGGCAUUCAAUAGACGUAAUGAACCUGAAGAUAAGCGUAAGAAGCGGUUAGCGGCCCAGGCCGAAAGAUCCAGGUUGAGAAGAAUGAAAGAGACCGAAGAGCGGAGACUGGAACGCCUCGCGAAUGAUACAGAAAGACGUAAAUUAAGAAGAUCAACCGAAACGGAAGAACAGCGAUCAUUGCGCUUGCGUUCAUUGGCAGAUGUUAGGAGAAAACAACGUGCACAAAACAACAACUUGCUCAAACAACAUCAUAGCAGUCAAGAAGAAUUUGGUGCAAACUCAAGAGAAGUUCUGGAAGAAAAUGUUAUGGGCAAUCCUUCUGAUGUUGCGCGUAAUGAUGCAUUUGUUGCCUUCUCUACCCAAGAAGCAACACCUGAGGCUGAUCCGCUGCAGCACUCGGGCACCCGUGAUGCAUUUUCUGGCCAACGAUCAAUGAUAAACUUUAAGGAUUUGAUAAGCCAGAGACUCAAUACUUCCGAAGACGAGUUUCAACACAACGCAUCUGUACCUUAUUUGGAUGAGAGUGCUUCCAGACCUUUGCCUUCCACGUCUGCCUACGUACCUUUGAAAGAUCUAACAAUACAGCCUUUACAUGAUGAAUACGUACUACUCACUCCUGAUCCUGCUUUGAGAGUAGUACAUUUCAAUGGAGCAAUUGAGAACAACCUAAAUGCUUUGCCUCCUCAAAGCCUACCGCCCUUCACUCUCAUGUGGAACAUCACUCAAAUAUUCCAUUCACUGUCUUACCAAGCACAUCCACGGAGCUGUCUCCGACCCAGUUGA